AUGUAUGAGGAAGAGCUGCUCUAUGAUGCCACCCUCAUAGCUGAUGGACAAAGAUUCCCUUGCCACAGAGCGCUGCUAGCAGCUAUUAGCCCCUACUUUCGGGACAUUUUCAUCAAUACCUGGAAAGAAUCUGGUGGGAAAGAAGUUCUGCUUCAGGAGGUGUCUCCAUUCAUCGUCGAAAACAUUCUGAAAUAUAUCUACACAGAGGACAUAACACUCACCCCUGAGCUGGCACCGCAGCUCUUUGCUGGGGCCAACCGCUUACAGAUCAUACCGCUGCAGAACCUCUGCUGUAAGUUCCUCGGGAAAAAUCUGUGUGUGCAGAACUGCUUUGAGAUGUAUUCUUUGGCGAGGACGCAUAAGAGUCCUGCCCUCCUCCAUGCAGUCAUACGCUUCCUCACCAGAAAAUUCAGCCAGGUCUGCGAGCAUGAGAGUUUCCGCCAGCUGGACCUCAGCACACUCAUUACCCUGAUAUCCUCCAGCAACCUUGAAGUGGCUUCAGAGAUCAAGGUCUAUCAGGCAGUGCGACUCUGGGUGCAAGGGCAAUCCAGCAAGCAUGGUCCUCUGCUAGGAGACCUGAUGCGCCAUGUCCGCUUCCCGCUCUUCAGUCCGGAGGAGCAAGUCGAACUACAGAGGGACUUGGAGAAGUGGAAGGACCUCAGGCUCGAGUGGAAGGUGCUGGAUGGCGAGGAGAGGUUUCGUCACAUCAAGGGACUCCGACAGGGCAUGUACAAGCCGCACAUCCUGUGCAUCGACACCCAGAUGUGCGAGUACCAGGAGCUGGAGAGUGAAGAGGCCCACAUGGGCUGCUAUGACCCACAGACUGAACUAUGGGAGAAGCUUCCCGGCUUGCAGUCCUUGACGCAUGCGUGUUGCGCCACAGCUGGUGAGAAGAUCUACGUCUCUGGAGGCAUCUGUAAGAACUCUUACUCCACCGCCGUCUAUGAGUUCAGCUCUUUCAGAAACCAGUGGCUGCAGCUCGCACCCAUGACUGUGCCCAGGGCUGCACAUGGAUUCCUGUUCCACAACCAGAAGCUCUACGCCAUGGGGGGAUGGUGUCAGUUCCAAAGCUUCCUCAACUUCGCUGAGGCUUUUGAUCUUGCGACAGGGACGUGGGCUACGAUCGCAAAGCUCCCAUUUGCCCUGAGCCACCCGGCCUCAAGCGUCUUCCAGAACAAGCUGUACCUCCUUGGCGGCGCGACGGGAGUUUCUGGCCAGUGGCUGUUCCACAAAGGCUUCCUGAUCUACGAGACCAGCUCCAACACAUGGACUCAGGUGCCUCUGUCCACGGGUUUCUUUGCUGCAGGAGCUGUGGCUGGGGACAGGGGGAUCUAUGUAAUCGGGGGGUACAUCGAGAAGAAAAUGCGGGGCUGGGUUGAAGGGCUCCUCAUCCCCGAGAACCGCCACAGCUCUCGCAAGUGCUUCUUAGUCAACGAGACUGGCAAAAUUAGUGGUGACAUUGGUAUGCCCAAACUGCCGCGUGGGGUUGCCAACGCAGGGGUAGUCUCCUGCGGGAAGCGGAUCUACGUGUUGGGUGGGGAAGACUUAACCCAGUGCUACAAGAUGAUUUACUACUGGGAGCCUGGAGAACCCCGCUGGCACCGGUGCACAACAGAGAUCCCUACCACCCGUGAGGGCAUCAGCAGUUUUGGAUGUGUGACCAUGAUGAGGCCCAUCCCACAUAUCCGCCAGCUCUUCCAGGUCACCGCCCUUGUCAUUGUGUCUGCGGCCAACAAAUAG